AUGCUGGUCAACAUCUUCAGUUCCAUCAUCGCCGCUGGCGCGAUCCUCGCUUCCCUAUCCGGCGUCAAUGCCGGAGAAGACAAAGACUUCUCCAAGACUUGCGGCUCGUGGCGCCUGGGUGAGAACCACAUUGGCGUGGCUCUUUGCAGAUCCUCAAAGGGCAUCAUGCAGACAGGUCUCGAUCUCAACCAGUGCUUCGGCAAUAAAGACGGCCAGCUCGUCAGCAUGGAGUUGCGCAUCAAUGGGGAAUGGGUCAACUCGGAUAUCGAUAUGAAUCUGUACAUCGGCAACUUCAAUGCUUAUUUUUGCUGUGGUACCCACUGCAGCAAAUGGGCCUACAAGCGUUAUAUCGACGACGUUGAUGAGGGCAUUGGAAUUGAGCCCACCACUUUUGCUACCCGUGCCACUGCCGCCCGCAUUGACCCCUCCUCUGCUGCUGCUGCUGCUGCUGCUACUGCUUAA